GCGGCGCGCAUUUUAACCAAAUAUGAUCAACAGUUUUAGUGUGGCAGGUGCGGGCGCAGGUGCUGCGGCGACUGCUGCAAUUACACUGCAUUUUAACUACAACAACAACAGCAGCAGCAGCAACAACAACAACAACAACAAUAAUAACAGCAGUGGCAUUAAAAUUGUGCCAGCAGCAUCAAAUGAGCACAAAAGCCAAAGUUUAAUCAACAAUGCCGCCCCAGCAACAACAAAAGCAGAAACAAACACAACAACCACUCCAAAAAUAUUUCAAAUAACAUCAACCGAAGUUGAGGCAAAGCAUUUUCUAAUGACUUUUCCCCAACAACAACAACAACAACAACAGCAGCAGCAGCAGCCGAAGCAAAAGGCAGGCGCCUCACUGAAAUGGAUGCCGCCUGGCAAAGUAAAUACCUCAGCAAGCACCAAAGAGCCGCAGCUUAGACAAGUCAGCAUUCAGUCCAGCAGCAACAACAAGCAGCAGCAGCAGCAACAACAGUUGCAACUAGCAACAACAACAACAGGGUUAGCCAAAAGUGCCUUUAUUGAAGCAUGGACAAUGCCACAGCAACAACAACAACAACAAAGGACUGAGGACCAAGAAAAUGCCUUUCGCCAAAUCGAAGAUGUACACAAUUAUGCCAAACUGCAGCAUCAUCAUCAGCAGCAACAACAACAACAGCAGCAGCAGCAACAACAUCAACAUCAGCACAGCAGCAGCAGCGAACUGGGCGAGGAGGAUGAAGAGGACGACGACGACGAUGACGACGAGGAGGAUGAGGAUGAUGAUGAGGAAGAGGAGCGGGGGCGGGAGCCAACAAAGAAAACCCAUCUAAAUGUGCCCAUCAACACAAACAAUGAUGAUGAUUCCGAGGAGCAUGUCGAGGUGGAUGUGGUCACUGUGACGCCAACGGCAACAACUGUAGCAACAGCGGCGGCGGCGGCGGCGGCAGCGGCAGCUACAGCACCACAACUACAACUGCAGCAGGAGCAGCUGAUGUCCAAGGUGGAUCAGGAGCAUAUGCGGCCGGAGCAUCAUGCACGGCGUCCCAUGAACGCAUUUCUCAUAUUCUGUAAAAGGCAUCGCGCCAUUGUCAAAGAGCGCUACAAAUCGCUGGAGAAUCGAGCCAUCACAAAAAUACUCGGCGACUGGUGGGCCGCACUGGAUGAGCAGGAGAAGCAGUGCUUCACCGAUCUGGCGCAGCAGAACAAAGAUGCCUUCUUCAAUGCCAAUCCCAAUUUCAAAUGGUACAAACUGCCCGCACCGCCGCUGCGCACGCUCGCCACCCGUCCCAGCAACGCGUCCACCGGACAAAUUAAUGAGGAGCCGCUGCAGCCGCAUGCACCACAGCAGCACCUACAGUGGGCGCCCAAUGAUGUGGCGCAUAUGCUGCGCAGCAACUAUUUCAAGUUUGCGGACGAGACGCAAAUGGGUGAGCUGAGCGCAUUGCUCAGCGCCAAUGCGGGCAGUGUGCCGGACAAGGAUUAUGCGUUGCAGCAGGUGCUCAGCGAGACGACACAGUUCCUGAGCACGCACAUGCCCAGCAACAACAACAACAAUAAUAAUAACAAUAAUAAUUGUAAUAAUAAUAAGCGACUGCUGGACAGCGGCAGCAAUUCGAGCGAGGAGGAGGAGCGCGGCACGCCCAGCAAAAAGCUAAAGACCGCGCGCAGCUGCAAGGGCAAAAUCUAUCAGGAACUAAUCAAUUCUGGCCAACUGGCGGCCAUUGUCAAGAAGUCCAAAUGUCGCCUCAACAGUGGCGGCAGCAACAACGAUGCCAACAGCAACACGCCGCCAAUUUCGCCAACAAACAACGUUGUCGCCUCAGUCGGACAGCUGCUGCCGGAGCCGGAGACGACAGCGGUGCGUGUGGCGGCAAACGAAUUCGAUUUGGAGGAGAAGAUCAGGGAGCUGCCGGCGCUCAGUUUGGAUGCCUAUUUGCAGCGCAAGCGCAGCACCAAAAAGAAGAAGAAAUUCAGCAGCAGCAAAAAGCAACGGAACCCCAACUGCAACACUAACAGCACACCAGCAGCAACUGUUGCCAACGUGUCAACAGCAACAGCAGCAACUGUUGCUGCCGUGGGCAGCCAGAAGCGCAAGGCGCGCAAGGAGAGCAUCACGCGUCGCGAUGUCAGCGCCAUCGAGCAGGAGGUGGCCUCCAUAUUGCCGCUGACCAUAAAUGGUUGCUACUAUUUCAAUGAGACGCGCGCAGCGGCAGCAGCAGCAACAGUUGCCGCAACAACAGCAACAGCAACUGUUGCCGCAUCGCCGCCGCUGUCGUCGUCAUCGUCCUCGACGCUGUCCGUCUACGAGCCGGCCGGCUAUGAUGUGACCACUACCUCAGAUCUGCUCAUUCUCGCCGAGGUGGCCGCCAAUCGCACCGAGCUGACCAAGUCCAACUAGCAGCAGCAGCAGCAUCAGCAGCAGCAGCAGCAGCAACAUCUUUUUGUUGCGACUGUACUUAUCCGCAUAUGUAUUUACAGGCAUUGACAACCAAUUAGAAACCAAACCAAAUUUAGACCAAUUUUCAAAAUAGGCCCUAGUUGGAAAGUCAGACUUAAGGAAAAAACAAACAAAAAAAAAAAAAAACAAGCAAAGCUUAACAACAAAUUAUUAACAGAUAGCUUAAAGAAAAGGCACUUUCACUGCUUUCUAAGCAAUUGAUUCAAUUGACUUUGUUUGCAACUCAACUAAAUAGAAACAAAUCCAAUAUUAAAAUGUGCACGUAAAAGUUUUUUACAAAUUUUAGCCACGCCCCCUAGGGGUCUAUAGUUUAAAAAUUCUAUUUCUAGAUAUCUCUCGAGAGAGGUAGAAAAAAAGAAGUAUGCAUCAGUCACGCCUAGAUCAAUUUGCAAGUCACAGUUUGAGAGACACUGCCAGCAAGUAGAUACCUUUUUUUUUUUUUUUUUAGCUGUUUUAACAGGGUAUUGCGCUGUCGUGCAGCAAAGUACUUCAAGCAAAAAGAGGAAAAAUAUUAAAAAAAAAAAAACUAUGGCUCGUGUAACGAAAA